GUGAAGUUUAGCGUGUGCUUAACGUGGAAACAACAAAGAGGGGAGACGAAGAAGAAUGCAAUCCAGAAGAACAAGGAGGAGGAAGUGUUGUCUGAUUGUCAGCAUUUAGUUAUCUGGCGACGAUUCUCUGACUUUUUGGCUUUAGAAAUAUCAGGAUUCACACAAAUUCACAAUGAACUUGGAACGGCUGCCCAAUGAGGAGAAGCUCAGCCUGUGCAGAAAAUAUUAUUUAGGUGGCUUUGCAUUUCUUCCUUUUUUGUGGCUGGUUAAUGUUGUCUGGUUCUUUCGUGAGGCCUUUGUAAAGCCAGCCUACACUGAACAGCUCCAGAUAAAAACUUAUGUGAAGCGGUCAGCGCUGGGGUUGCUGUUAUGGGUAGCAGUGCUCACCACAUGGAUCACUAUCUUCCAACACUUCAGAGCAGAGUGGGGAGAGGUGGGAGAUUACCUCUCCUUUACAAUUCCACUGGGCAUUCCUUGAGAUGUUUUUUGUGAUGACAGGUCUUUUGAAAAUAACUAAUGAUCCACUUUAAUGGACCAAAGAAUUUUCUCCUUUAAACUACAGUGAAAGAUUCUGAUGAUUUGUCUGGUCUCUGGAGCUAAAUUGAGUGGCUGAAUAACACAUUAACAGAGUAAUCCCUCAUGUCUUCAAAAGAUAACUGCUGUAGGACUAUCAGUAGGCUAUUUCAUCUUGUUUAGCAGACAGUGUUAACUGUCAUGUACAGUAUCUAAUGACAAAGCUGGUUGAACAUUGAGUUUUGUUCAGGAUAUUGAACAAUAGAUUCAACAGUUGUUUUUUUUCUUGACUUAAAAAUGUUGAUUGUUUAUGUUUGUAUCUGAUUGUUCACCCUGCACUGUUUUUACUUAUGUAUGAAUGAUGAAUAAAGAAAAUAUUCAUACUUUCAA